UUGUAUAUCACUUCCCAUCUUGGUUUCUCUUGCAUUCACACGCUUCUGUUUGCUUUGAUCAACCAAUACAUUUUAAAAAAUGAAUCUAUUACUCAGCUUAAUUGUCAUUUUCGGUGCCGUAGUGGCCACAUAUGCCGAGGCUGAUCCUCAGUAUCCCUACUAUGGAGGCUACGGUGGCUACGGUUAUGGCAAUCCAGCUGGUCACUUUCCUUACCCUCCUGCUCCUUAUGGCCAACCUCACCCAAGUUACUUCCGGGCCGGCUAUCCUCAACCCUCCAUUGAGAACAAUGAGAACUCACCAGACACUCGUCUGUUCUUCGGAACUGUCACCGUCACCUUGGCCACGACGACAUCCACCAGCACUGUUCUCCUGUCUACCACUUGCACCACUUCCGCCAGAGCCAUCUCCAUCUGCUCUCCAUCCGGCCGUCGUCGUCGUGGUCUUGGAUUGAACACCAGCCAGAAGGCCCGUGGUCUUUUCUACAACGACGAAGAGGAGGAAUCCGAGACCGGCAGCAUCUUCACCCGCUCUGAUGAACCCGAAGUCGUCGCCGUCGCCCCAGUUGAAGAUGUUGCUGAACGCCAGUCCCGCUCUACUCCCGCUACUGUUCCUUUCGUCGUCCAGCCCGGUUUCAACGCCCCAGAAGGCAUCCGAGGUGGUCGUUUCUAUGUUGCAUUUGGAACAUCCACCAGCAUCAUUACCACGACUAGCACUUACACUGCCAUUUUGACUGCUGCAUGCAGAAGCACCACCAGCUUCAAUACUUGCCAGGGCACCGGCAAAUAAAUUUCGCGUCUUCUUUAAUUUGAUUAUCAAUUUCAAUUAUCUAACGUUGAUUGUCUCUUUUAUUCACAUUAUUUCGAUGUGGCAGUCUAUCUGAACUCUUUAUUAUUUAACUUGAUUAUGACCUCGAGAUGUAUUCAUUUGACUUAUUUGAUUGAAAACUUCGGGCGACUUUCUUAUACAUACCCAGAAAACAAAUGCUUUUCAAAAUAGUAGCUGAUUACCGCGAAUGCAACAACAACAAGACAUGAAUGUAUUAGAAUUUAAACACGAUUGUGUUUUUUUUAUAUGUAAGAAUAUUUCUUAAUAAGAAAAUAUAAGGUACAGCAACGAA